CGAACAAUCUCGAGACGCGUCUAAUUUGUCCACUUUUGAAAAAGCGCGUCUCGAGUCCUCCAAAUUUACCUAUCUACCUACCUACCCACUACCAGGUAGAUAAUGUGAAGAUCAGGAAUAGGAGGGAUUAACGCUCAUCGCUGUUGAAUUGAGAUUCUCGUAUAACUAAUUCCCCAGAGUUCAAGUCGUUGACCCAAGCACCAUGGCGGAAGCAGACUUGCAAGAGUUGAACGAGCAGUUCGGCGUGCCGAACAAGGAUCUCGAGCCCGAUGUCGUCUCUGAGCUGCGAUCCAUCAUGAGGAUGCAUUCGCUGUCAGUCCAGGACUUAUACUUUAAAUGGGAGUCAUACUGCAUCAAGCUGGAUAUAGACGGAAAUAGACCGACCGUGGAAAGCCUGCGAGCUCUUAAACAAGAUAUCCAAGAUGCCCUGGAACGAAGCAAUCGAACGCACCAAGUCCAUAUCAAGACUGAAAAGCGUUCAAGCGGGACGCCACGUAAUGCCGUCAAGAAUACUAGCGAUGUCUAUGGCAUGUUGGAAGGGAUGGCUCCUAAUACUCCAGCUACGGGAAAGUUCAAGAACGCCUCGAAGAGGCGGAAUCCGCAUGAGAGCCCCUCUAUAACAAGGGUAAAGGGCAAUAUCCUUAGCAGCUCCCCUGACUACAAGAGCCAAAGCCCAUUAAAAAUAGAGAACCAAUUAGACUCUAUGAACAUUGUCUCGGCCACAUCCUUUAAUGAUCGCCCCAAUCCUGGAGAAGUAAUAGAGAUCCUAAACGAACAUCUCAAACCACCAGCACCUGCAAUAGUACCUUACGCAGAGUCUCGGGUCAAAUUGAACGCAGCAUCAGAUCUUAAGAAGUUGGGCUAUAAAACCCUUGCGAUGAAAUCCUCAGAAGCAUCCGAGAUUUUGGAUGACCGGAUAGACGAGUUUUCAGGCCUUGUCAGAGACCAUUACAAGAUAGACGAGAGCGAAUUUGGUAGCGCAGCUAGCCAAAGCACCACGGAAAUUGUUGCCGUUGGUCGAAUUGCGUCGGAUUCUUCAGAGGGCAAGCUCAAUGCGGCGUCUCUUGUUUUGGAGACUUCGAGGCGGACUGGGGGAGGCCUAAGAAUUCCCUUGAACUUGAAAAGGCUUGGUAGUUGCUAUCAGUUUUUCCCGGGACAGAUUGCUGCGUUCAGGGGUAUCAACUCAUCUGGCAAGGAGUUUGUCGUCCAAGAAGUGCUUGAGAUACCUCUGCUUCCCAAUGCCGCAUCCUCUCCGGCGGCUAUCGAAGCUCACCGAGAAAGACUUCGGGGUGGGCCGGAUGCGAUGGAGUCGGACGACGAACCGGCGCCAUUGAACGUAAUUAUCGGCUCAGGUCCCUAUUCGGCUGAUGACAACCUCGAUUUUGAGUCCCUCCAUGCCCUUUGCAGCCAGGCAGCAGAUACGUGCGCCGACUCUCUCAUAUUGACAGGGCCGUUCAUCGACGUCGACCAUCCCUUAAUUGCCACAGGCGACCUUGAUCUGCCAGAGGAAGCGGGAGACCUCGACUCUGCGACAAUGUCCACCGUUUUCAAGUACAUGAUUUCCCCAGCCUUGAAUCGCCUUGUUGCUUCUAAUCCCACUAUUACUAUCCUCCUGGUACCAUCUGUACGCGAUGUUGUCGAUAGACAUGUAUCCUGGCCGCAAGAUCUUAUCCUCAGGAAAGACCUGGGAUUGCCUAAAGCGGCGCGUAUAGUAGGUAACCCAAUGACGCUCUUCAUUAACGAGAUGCUGCUUGGUAUCUCAUCCCAGGACAUCCUCUGGGAUUUGCGUCAUGAGGAACUCGUUGGUGCUCGGACCGCAGAACCCAACUUUUCUUCGAGGGCCCCGAAAUACCUGAUCGAGCAACGGCACUAUUUCCCAAUAUUUCCUCCGGUUGACCGGCAGAAACUUCCAAAAGCAGGCACGGAAGAUGGUUUGCCUACCGGUGCUAUGCUUGACCUGAGUUACCUGAAGCUAGGAGAAAUGAUGGACGUAAGACCCGACGUCAUGAUUGUGCCGAGCGCUCUGCCCCCCUUUGCAAAGGUUGUUGAGAGUGUUCUAGUGAUCAACCCAGGGUACCUCUCCAAGAGGAGGGGCGCAGGCACAUAUGCUCGGAUGACAUUAUUUCCACCUAAGGUAACAGAGGAAGAGCUGAAUAAGGGAGGAGUAGUAGAUCACAAGGUUUUUGAAAGGGCUAGGGUUGAGAUUACGAGGAUAUAAUUCUUUCUAUAGAAUUCACUGCAUUAUACUGAGUCCCAAGUAAUAGGAGAAAGGCGCAAGAUGCCUUUGAUCAUUAGUCUGGC